AUGCUUGUGCUACAGACGCGUCCCAGCCGUCUGCUGGGCGGCGGCUUCUCCCGAGUGCUCCGCAACGCCAUCACCAUCAAGAUGGUGCUGGGCAUCGUGCUGUUCUUUGCCGGAAUGAGCAGCCUGUACGUGAAUCACCGGCUGGGACUGUCCCUGGCCGGCGUCGGCCUCGUGCUCGUCUUCGUGCCCGCCGAAUUCCUCUUCGGCCUAUGCAUCGACUUCAAAGGUCACAAGGAGGACGCCAGGUGUUCGCGGUCCGGCAGCACCAAGUCCGACUAUCGGCCCACGGAAGUGGUGGUCGAGGACGACGGUGGAAACGGCGCCGCGCUCUCCGUUUCCGGCGACAACGCUUCCACACUUCCGCCGGAAGGGGUCCGGCAAGAGGCCGGAAGCGGGGACGCCGGCUCGUCGCAGGUCAACGGGAGCUCGCCCGGCGGCGACAGCCGACGGACAUCCUCACCCCGCUGCACGUGCCCAGGAAAGAACUCGCCGCCGGACAUGGCAGUGCAGCUGCACCGGACACGAAGCGACGUCCUCAGGGCGGGACCCGGAUCGGCCGUGGACGUCAGGAGCGAGGUCGAAGCCUCGCAGUUACUGGCCGCAGACGGGAUGCAGAACGUGGCCCCCAAGGCGGAGGCGACGCCGUCUCCGACUUGCAAGUUCCACCGCACGCGGUCGGCGGUGCUUCGAGCUGAGGACCUGCCCAAGAACGCAUCGCCACAGGUCGUACGCUUCAACAUCGGCGCCGACAUCGACGACCCUGCUGCUGCCGCUGCCAUCAGCGGCGCCACCGCCUCGAGAACCCUGUCCGGCGGAGGACGUGCCAGGGGGGGUGCGGGCCUGUCGCCCAGCGCGAGAGGCGCUCUUGUCAGAGGCGUGAGCUUCGAGCAGACGACGUUCCACAGGAGCAAGUCCGCCGUCAUGCACCGGGGCAGCCUGUCGGGAGACGAGGCGACGACCGCCGCGUCCUUGUCGUCGCCGUCCUCGUCGGCCAAGUCUUCGCCGACCAGGUCACUGAGGGGUCAGGGUGCCAACACCUCGCCGUUCAAGGAACGCCCACUGGCUGCCGCGGUGGCCAGGGUUCAGCAGUUGCAGCAGAUGUCCGCGGCACGAAGUCAGAGCUCCAAGAGUGCCGCAGCGGGAAGCGACCCUCGAGUGCCAACGAUGGCGGUGCAGCUGUACGAACCGCCCUUUGCGAGGCCACCAAUCUCGGAUCUCAGCAACGAGAAUUACACGCGGUUCCACCGUAUUCGGGCUGUGCAACAGCAGCAGCAACAGCAGCAGCAGCAACAGCAGGCAGCCGCCACCAGUGCUCCGGGGCUCACGGCUCGCAGGAAAGAGGCGACAACGUCGCAGAACUUGCUCGUGAGGACAAGGUCGAUGACUACUUCCCGAUCCUCGACAAACCUCACUCAGCCGCAGCAGCAAGAGAGCGCGAAGACGACAGGCAAGUCGAGCAGGGAGAAAAACGCGCCCGCUGCUAGCCAGGACGCGAAAGGAGCCGCUUCAUCAACCGACGCCAGUCAAAGACUCGCGGUGGAAGCGACGCCAAAGCUCCGAAGGACGUCAUCGGGACCGUCCAGGAGACCAGCCCGGACAGCGAAGGAGCCGGUGCCGUGGACCUCGCUGGCUGUUCAGACAGCCGCCGGCGUGAUCGCGCUUCUGUGCAAGCCGCAAGAGGGCGGCGAAUCCGUGAGCCUGCUGCCGUCAAAGCCGCUGCAGGCGAAGCUGGGCGCGCCGCCGGUCCGCGAGACCAGGGUGCCGCGCCUCGUCAAAGUGAGCGUCAGCGACGAGGACUCGAGCGCGGACCGCGAGGACAGUGCGUCGUCCGGACAACGGGACUCCUCUUCUAGUCUUGCUCAACCUUCUUCGUAGUUGGGGGGGUCAGUCGUUGAAAAAAUACGAAAGGAGGUGGUGGCCCAGCCGAUGCCGCUCAAAUAGGGUUGCUGGCACUGCAUGUGGGUGCACUGUGCACGGAACGCGGUCUCCGUCGGGUUGUCGAUAUAGAUGUCACCACCUUGGUGCACUCGUUGGUGCAGGGCACCAGUGUCCACGCCAGGACACCCGCUAGUCACUUCGAGACUGUCUAUACGUGCGAGAGUCAAGUUGUAAGCAAGCGACAUCGGUACCGAGCGCCUGCAGUAGCUUGGAGCACUGUUAUAAGAACAGGCUUAGCGGUAAACCGUGGAAGGUUACAGGCUACUACUUUCAGUGCGGCAUGUGGUGUUGAAAUGGAUACACGAAGGAUCCGCUAGUCCGCUACAUCGCUGAGAGAGAGAGAGAGAGUGAUUGUGAAGAGGAAGAGGAAGAGGCGCUAUUUUCAGCAAUCCUUGAGGGAGUAUGGCUCAGCGCCUCAUCGCUAAGGGGCAGCGUAAUAUCCAGAUGGAGAAAGAGAUAGAGAGAGAUGCAAUAAGGGAAAGGCAGGGUUGUUAACCAGAUUGAGUCCGGUUGACUACUCUGCUCUAGGGAAUGGGGGAACGUGAAUAAAAAUGAGAAGGAGAGUAAAACCUUCACAGCGAGCAUGCACGAAAACAAACGCUGAAGCGGUCAUACAGGCUGGGGGAUCUCAAGAAACGCAGCGAUGCCUUUAUGGCGUCGUAACCAAGAUGCGAUUUCAAGGCAUAUAGGAACACCCUUAAGUAAAGGUUUCAAGAAAUUCAGAUUGUUUGCUAUAGUGUGUCAAGCAAGUGACACAGGCUGUUUCGAUGCCUAUCACAAAAAGGAACCAGAGGACUGACAUACGUCAUUUCAGCAACUAUUUAGGCUCGUGCUAACUGGUUCAGUAAGCCCACAGGCAGGAAGACAUUAGAGCCCGGAUACAACGAGCACCUUCGUAGGGUGCUCGAACGAGCACAACGAGCAAUGUUCGUAGUAGCCGAAAGAUCGCUUUAAGCGGGAUCAAUAUGCGGGACUUUAGUUGGAAUGUAUACAAGCUUAAAGUACUGCCAUUGAUUCAAUACGGCAAUGACGGUGUAUGCGGCGCAAUGCAGGGUUGUCAAGGUGGGAAAGGGUAGGUUGUGAAAAAUGUGUUCCCUCCGGGGAAGCCAAUCUUGGUAGAAGCACGAGCAAUAACGAUCACUACGGUUUAUUUCGUUAGGAACGAAUGCCCGGAGAUCUGGUAAGAGAAAUUUGAGGAUUUCGACAGAGUGUUCGAUGGAAAAGUCCGUGAAGGACAGCAGGGCGAUCGAUGAUAGCAGCUAGUUUCUACCUUUAUCGAUCUUCGGCUUCGCGAGUCGAUUUAGAAGGUGCUUUCUCUUGCAGGUCUCGGACUUCCGAGCCGCCGAUUACGCCCUCUUGCACAGAAGAAAAGAAAGAUCGUGCAAGAUGUGGCAUGGUUUGCAGCGCUCUCUAUAGGCUCUUGUCCUGUAAAGACCAUUUGAAAUCGUGCCAAGAUAAACUAUUAUUUCCUAGCUUGAUGUAUCGGUGUUUGUUUUUUAUUGAUUUCUAGUAUUUCUUUGCAAGCCUAUAUGUACCGCAUUUCUGGCUAUAUUGCUGUCAC